CACACGUGCCGCGUGGAGUUUUGCCUCGCAGGUGGUUAAAAAUUUGGAUAUUUAUUUCAUAAUUUGUGUUAUUUAAUUUGUAACAUUAUACGCAGUUUCAAUUCAGUCACGAUGGUUGCAGUUACACAGAAGAAAUCAGCUGACAAGCCCGUAGCAAAGGGCAAGGAGGGCAGCAAGAAGCUACCCGCCGUCCCAGAAUCAGUCCUCAAGCACCGUAAAAGGAGGGAUGCACUCCGAGCUCGCCGCCUUCAAGUGACACUUAAGAGACGUUCAGCAGCUAUCAAGAAGAAGAAGGAGAUCUUCAAGAGGGCGGAACAGUAUGUCAAGGAGUACCGCAUCAGGGAACGCGAUGAAAUUAGGCUAGCAAGGCAGGCACGGAACCGCGGUAACUACUAUGUUCCUGGGGAAGCUAAGCUGGCAUUUGUCAUCCGAAUCCGUGGUAUCAACCAGGUCUCACCAAAGGUCCGCAAAGUGCUGCAGCUGUUCAGACUGCGGCAGAUCAACAACGGCGUGUUCGUGAGGCUCAACAAGGCCACCGUGAACAUGCUGCGGAUCGCUGAGCCCUACAUCACCUGGGGGUACCCCAACCUCAAGAGUGUCAGGGAGUUGAUAUACAAGCGCGGUUUCGCCAAAGUGAAGGGCCAGCGAAUGCCGAUCGCCUCCAACACGAUCGUGGAGGAGAAACUCGGCAACAGCAACAUCAUCUGCGUGGAGGACCUCGUGCACGAGAUCUUCACCGUCGGGGACAACUUCAAGUACGCCAGCAACUUCCUGUGGCCCUUCAAACUGAACAACCCGACCGGAGGCUGGCGCAAGAAGACCAUCCAUUACGUCGACGGCGGAGACUUCGGCAAUCGCGAGGAUAAGAUCAAUGAGCUUCUAAGGAGAAUGGUCUAAGAAUAUAGAUAUAAACCUA